GCUGCUGCGCCGCUGCGCUCUGGACGCGGGCCAAAGCCUGUCUGGUGUCAAACCAGCCUGAACAGAUACUCUCAGACAUCUCAUUUCUUCACCUCAUUCCUGAGACGGGACUCUGCCCACCCCUUGUGUAAAGCAAUUUAAACCUGAUAGGACAUCAUCUGCCUAUCUCCACUCAGGAUCUCUGCCGGACUAUUACACAGUCGCUCUUCACUUUCCGCGCUCAUACGCGCGUUUCCACCGUGCCAUGGCUUUUACGCGCAGACCUCCGUCCACCAGUGUGAUGUCUUCUUAAUCCAAGCUUGUUUAUUUUUGUAGAUUGACCAAGUUUUAACUACUCAAAUGUUUCUUAUUUUUCUUUCAUCCGUGGAAAUGCUCCGUCCAGAUCCAUAAAGGACCAACGACUGGUUAAUAUGAACUUGUUGCCAAGUGGAAUAUGUUUUUAUCUCUCUGUGGCAAUCUGCUGGCUGACGGCCGAGGUCGAUGCGUCCUGGUGGUACAUGGGCACCCUGGGCUCCCAGGUCAUGUGUGACAACAUCCCUGGGCUGGUGAACAAGCAGCGCCAGCUGUGCCGCCAACACCCCAGAGUGAUGCAGGUCAUCGGGGCUGGGAUGAAGGACUGGAUCUCAGAGUGCCAGCAUCAGUUUCGCAGCCAUCGCUGGAACUGCAACACCACAGCGAGGGACCACAACCUGUUCGGACGCCUGCUGCUGCGCAGCAGCCGCGAGGUGGCCUUCAUGUACGCCAUCUCCUCGGCUGGUGUGGUUUACACGUUGGCGCGGGCCUGCAGCCAGGGUGAGCUGGACUCCUGCUCCUGCGAUCCCACUAAGAAGGGCUCCUCGCGGGAUGCCAAGGGCUCCUUCGACUGGGGCGGCUGCAGUGACCACGUGGAGCACGCCAUGCGCUUCAGCCAGGCCUUCGUGGACGCCAAGGAGAGGAAGGAGAGGGACGCCCGGGCCCUCAUGAACCUGCACAACAAUCGAGCCGGCAGGAAGGCAGUGAAGCGCUUCAUGAAUCUGGAGUGUAAAUGUCACGGCGUCAGUGGGUCGUGCAGCGUGCGGACCUGCUGGCUCGCCAUGGCUGACUUCAGACGCACCGGCGACCACCUACGGAAGCGGUACAACGGCGCGGUGCAGGUCGCCGUCAACCAGUACGGCACCGGCUUCACUGCUGCACACACGCACUUCAAACGACCUAGCAAGAACGACCUGGUGUACUUUGAGGACUCACCAGACUACUGCAUACGAGACCACGAGUCAGGGUCGAUGGGGACAGGAGGGCGGGUCUGCAACCGGACGUCCCGAGGAGUGGACGGCUGCGAGGUGAUGUGCUGCGGCCGGGGUUACGACACGUCCCGGGUCAGCCAGACCACCAAGUGCGAGUGCAAGUUCCACUGGUGCUGUGCCGUGCACUGCCGAGACUGCCACCAGCAGGUCGACGUCCACACCUGCAAAGGCCAGACGUGACCUCGCCGCCGCCAUUACUGAACACUACUGACCUGCUCACGUUACAGCAGCAAAGUCACACUGCGUCACGUCAAGUGACAGCAAAGGACUCGCCCACUGAUCACCUGUCAAUCAAACAGUAGGUAGUUAGAUUUUCUGUAACAUGACGUUUAUUCCAAACAACACGAGACACAAACCUGUCACGUCUGUGUGUUUGACCACGAAGCUUCAAGACUCCAGAUGAUUAGAGCAACAGGAUAAAUCACUAAAAUGAAUGAUCAGUGCAUUUAUUCAAAAAGAAACUAUAUCGAUCAACACUAAUUCACACUUUCUACAGUGAACUCUGGUUUUCACAGGUCGACUGGUUUAAUAACUGACUCUCUCUCUCUCUCUCUCUCUCUCUCUCUCUCUCUCUCUCUCUCUCUCUCUCUCAUGCACGUGCACUGCCAAUGCAACUGAUCUCAAAAAGUUCGAAUUCGCCACCACAGACGUUAUCUGUCGACAAAAAACAUCCUCUGUAUUUACACAAACUACAUGUUCGACGACCACAAUCAGCCUCAACAGUGUGAAGCAGACAGUCGGAUACUGGUACGUCACCACUGGUGUUCGUGACUGGCUGCUGCUCGGAGGACGUUACCAGUGUGUGGCUGCCUCACCUCGCAGCGUGUUCCAGAGGCGACUCCCAGUGGUCCCUCUACCAGCUCACUGACCUUCACAAGGCUCUUUGCCCUUUUCUUAUUUCUUUAUCUUCUGUGAGUGUUGUGUUUCAGCACUUAGCAUUUGGAGCACUACUGUGCAAAUGAUUGUGGGUUUAAAUUCCUGAGAGAUAGUGUGUUAGCAUUUCCACUGGCUAACAGGAGUUGAAACAGUUAUGGUGAUGUACAUUAUCUGAGGCCACUUUUUAAAGUCCUCCUCCCUCCAUAGUCGAAGCAGAAGAAUUGUGACAUUAUCUCCUAAAGAGAGGACUAGUGUUCCGUCAGCUUAUAUUAUUAAUGACCGUUCAGACACCAUCUUGCUCCCAGUGCCCCUUCACCCCCCUGUCCAGUGCACGAGCAGGACACCCCUUGUUGCUGAUUGGCUGGAACAGGGUUCUGGUUUCCCAAAUAAAAAAGUGUAUUUUAUUAAAAUCACCCACCCCACCUUUAAAUCAGAGCUGUGAAAAGUUCCCUGCAGCCAGAGAUUUACAGAAAUAAUCAGAAAAGAUCAGGUGUAGAAAUGUAUCUGCUGGUCGAGUUCUGACAGUUCGGAGGUAAACAGAUAAACAAACACAGCAGCCCCGAGGACUGAGCACUGAAAAUAUAUCUGAAGUUAUGUAAUCUCCUGUAGUUUUGUCAGAUCUGUUACCAGAGGCAGAGUCGCCUCGUUCACUGUGUCGUUCUCGAGAAUUUCAAACUUUUUCAACAGUUUAAUGCAAAGCAGAAACAAGCCCGUCCUUAUCCAGGUCUCCGUCUGCUGGCUCUGAUCGCAGGAUGUUUUCUCCCUCACCUCACGUGUGAGGAUUAAGAUCAUUUUUUAUCAGCGGUCGUCAUCGCUGACUCUUUUCCUCUCUUGUGUCUCCACUGUUUAACGGCAUCAUUUAGAAUCUCUCUUAUACAGCACAUACAUUAUCAUUCGUUUCAGAUGUAAAACAAAAAGUCUGUUAAUCUCAUCCAGCGUGUCGUGUGUCAUCUAAAACCCCGGACUGUGACGUGCUUUCCUUCAGUCUGCUGCUCUCUGUAAUUCACUGAGUGGGAUUACAUGCACCACAACAGUACACUGGGAGAUUUCACACAUACUGUUUAACAUCUGCUUCAAAUAAAAGCUAUGAAUUCAGA